AUGGACCAGCGGGAGACAGGGGAGCCGACCGGCGCAGCGCGCGGGGCGAACCGGCCGACGCUGUUUAACCUGCUUGAGGUGCUAGCUAGCGAUGCGUACACUACGCCGCAACAGCGGCACAGCAUUCGGGGGGUGGUCACGGAGUUCCUGAACAACAAGUUUGAGCAUUCCAAGGUGUAUUCGUACAUCGGCGCCAUCGUGGGCCACGACGUGCUGCACUCCGUCAUCAAACAGCUGGAGUCAGACCCCGAUCGCGUGCCGCUGCCGGACCAGAACGGCCUCAUGCGUAUCGAGUCUGCGUUCAACCUGAGCCGAACGUACAAGGCGCCGACCCAUGCGGAGCUCCCAGUCACGGUCUCCGCGAGCGCACCAGCGCCGACGGCUCCGUCCAUGCAGCCGUCCGGCCCGACUUCCACCCACUUCGCCGGCGGCUCGAAGGAGGACAUUCUGCGCACGAUUCGGCGCAACCUCGGCACUCGUAAAGCGCCGGGUAACCUGACCGCAAAUAAGGACACUCUGUCUGCGGUCAGGGCGGCGUCUGCUGGCGUGCUGCUGCAGAAGGCAUGCUGGAUGCCCAUUAGGCGCUCUUUGAGCGCGGGCGCGCUGUACGGCCACUCACUGGUCUGCAUCGGGAGUCGCGCGUACCUGCUGGGUGGCAGCAACGGCAACCCGCAAGGCGUCAACUUCGGGCGUGCGCACGUCGUGAGCCUGGUAAACUUCAGCUCCAAGCCGAUGACUUUCACUGGGGAAAUCCCGCCGCCGCGUGAGGGUAACACUGCGAACGUCGCCGUGAUCCAGCAAAGCCAUUCGGUUAUCGUAUUCGGAGGGUUCAACGGCGAGCGCUUCUUUAACGACAUCCAUAUACUGGACCUCGAGAAAAGGAAGUGGAUGCAUCGUCGGCAUGCGGCCGGGCGCGUCCCUUUGCCUAGGGACGAGCACUGCGCUGUGGUGUACCCGGCGCGGUGCGAGUCUAGCCAGAAGCCGAAGAGCGGGGCCGAGUUUUUGUUCAUAUUCGGCGGUAAGACCGGUCUGCGCACCCAGCUCGAGUGCCUGAACGACAUGUGGGCGUACCACAUCGAUUCUGCGACUUGGGCGCAGGUGGAGUACCCCGCCGACACCAAGGUGCCCGCCCCUCGCUUCGGUGUCUGUGCGUUGUGGGCGGACGAUGACGUGCUUUGUGUCUUCGGAGGCGAGACCCAUGGCCCCGAUGGAUAUGUUGAUAGGUCUGAACGCACACUCUUGGACGACCUUUGGAUGUUCAAGUUCUCCAGCCCCACCUCGGGAACGUGGUACCAAGAGAUUUACGAAGGGAGCAUCGGGCCACGAUCGCACUACAGCUCUAUAUUCAUCGCUCAGCGCUGUAAGGAACUACACACUGGUGUGCCGAGGACGAUCGAACGGCUUAUGUUGCUGACCGGAGGACUCACGUACGCCCCCGGCAGCAAGAAGACAGUGGUGGCGUCGGACAAGCUGUACUUCUACUUCUUCUCACAGCGACGGUGGUACAUCCUAAAGCCAAACUACCCUCGCAACUUCGUGGGCGAGCCGUUCGAACCCAGACAGCUCCACGUGGCGUGCUUCUUCGAGAAGAGGAACAUCCUCUUCCCCGGCAGCAAGCCGUCGGUGCCGUGCAUCUUCUUCCACGGAGGGUUCCACCGCAAGCAGGUGCUCAGCGACGCCUGGGUUUUGAGUCUCACCGGCGAGGACCUGUUCCUUAGCAACUCUGUGAUUUCCCCAUCGGAUUCCAGCCAAUUGAAGGCGCUGCAGACCAAGGACAGGAUCUUCCCCCCGUGGUACUACAGGGAGAGCCAUUCGCCUGACAUGCUCUGGGCCCUUUGCUCCAUGCAGAGGUGGGCAUUCGGUGGCAUCGCGCACCUCAUCGCCAAUUCUCUAAAAGAGGCCACCAGCAGCACGAGAAUCACGAUCAAGUGGGAGCAGGCGCCUCAGGGCGAUCGCGCGUUGCUCAGCAUACAGGACGAUGGUAACGGUCUGGACUACAGUGCUAUGAACAAACUGCUUAAGCUGUUCGGGCAGUCGAAGACUGGUGAGCGGGGCCAGGCUUACGAGUAUGGUGUUGGCUUCAAGAUGGCGUUCGCCCGCACAGCGUCGGGUUGCGCGGUGAUGUCUCGCACCACGGACACUAUCGGUAUUGGUAUGCUCAGCGUCGAGCUAAUGUCACAAUGCGAGUCGCGCGAGAUGUCCGUGCCGCUGUGUAUGUGGCGCCUGCCCAGCAAGGAGCUUAUCAACAAGGAGGGGUCUAGGAUGGUUGAUCAGCGGCACCACCAGCGCCUGCUGAUGAGCUACAGCCCGUUCAACACCGCAACUUUGCUGGCUGAACAAAUCAACAUGUUGGGCACGUCUCCGGGAACACGUAUGCUUUUCUGGCAGAUGAGGGACGAUAUGGAUUGCGUGUGGUAUUCGCCGAAGGAUCACACUCUGAUGCUGAAGAAUCCGCUGUAUGAUGACCUCGAAAUCUCGAGCGAUGAAAUUGAAGCCCCUCCGCCUAAAGUGAGUCCCUCGUGGUUGGAAGUAUUCCCUCUGUGGAGGUCGGCUCAGUACUCCAUGGACUACUGCCUUCCCGUUUACAUUUUCUGGCUGCAUCUCCGAUCGUCGUGCGCCAUCAGUAUCCAGGACAUUGACUUGGUGCCGUAUGACAUGCGCGACAAAGUGGCGCAAGCUGCGGAGGCUGCCAACGCCUCUUCCGAGGAGCUUACGACGGAGGACGAAUGUAUGGUAACCAGCGCGCAACCGAUGUCAGUGCAGCAAUUCCAGGUACAGCCGCUCCAGGAUCACCCUCUGCAGGCGCAAUUACAGGCCCACCCUAUGCCUUUGCAGCAGUUCCAGGUACAGCCGCUCCAGGAUCACCCUCUGCAGGCGCAAUUACAGGCCCACCCUAUGCCUUUGCAGCAGUUCCAGGUACAGCCUCUCCAGGCUCACCAUCUGCAGGCACAUUUACAGGCCGAACAGCAUCAGGAUCAACCUUUACUGGCACACCAUUUACAGGCCGAACAUCAUCAGGACCAACCUUUACUGGUCCAUCAUUUACAGGACGAGCAGCAUCAGGAGCAACACUUACUGUCGCAUCCGCUCCAGGCCGAGCAGCAUCAGGACCAACCUUUACUGGCACACCAUUUGCAGGCCGAACAUCAUCAGGACCAACCUUUACUGGCACACCAUUUACAGGCCGAACAUCAUCAGGAGCAACACUUACUGGCGCACCCGCUUCAGGCCCAUCCGCUCCAGGCUCGCCAGCUCCAAGCCCAGCAGCAUCAGGAGCAGCACUUACUGGCGCAUCCGCUUCAGGCCCAGCGGCAUCAGGCUCACCAGCUUCAAGCCUUUCAAGAAGCGGCUCACCAGCUCCAAGCCCAGCAGCUGCAGGCCCAACAGUUACCGGCGCACCAGCUUCAAGCCAAUCAAGAACCGAAGCACCUGCUUCAGACCCAUCAGGAACCGAAGCACCUGCUUCAGGCCCAUCAAGAACCGGCUCACCAGCUCCAGGCCCAGAAGCUUCAGGUCCAACAGUUGCAGGUUCAGCCAAUGCCACCGUUGAAGAGGCACCACCCCCUCCCUCAACAAAUGCAGCACCCGUCGCAACAAUUGCAAGAGCAGGAGGAACCCAGCGAGCCAGCAAGGAAGGAGGUUUACAACUGCCAGAGUACUGGCUGUACGUAUUGUGGUGUUGCUCCGGUUGAUAGAGGCCUCUGUGACGAUCGCAGCUUGUGGUCGUUCCUGCGCCGCCGGCUAUUCUGCCGCGUCCAGCUUCCGUACCUCUUCGCCCCCUCCGACCACAAGCACGGCUGUUGUGCCAUGAUCGGUUUCCUGAACCGUCCGCACUUCUGCGGCCCAGAGGAUGUGGAAGAGGUUACUUGUGAUGUGUCCGGUGAGCGCGUAUGCGAGACCGGAGUGCUGCUCUACUUCAGGGGACGGCUGAUAAGCAGGCUUGAGGGCCACUUCCCGGCACCCACGUCGGAAAUUGAAAGCGCACGUGAGCCUCCGAAGGAGUCCUUGUUCAAGGGUGAACUCUACAGAUUCGCGCUUACCGCCGUGGUAAAUGUGCCUGAGUGGCUCAUUCCAUCGGCCACCAAGCAGGAGUUCGUGCAAGAGAACAACAAGGCCUUCUUCGACUUCAAGUCCAAACUUAUGGGACUGAUAUCGGAAUACAGCAAGGUCUGCAGCAAUCGCGCGGAGCGCAAGGCGUGGGAAUCACACCGCCUGCAGCAGCUGAUUGCGUACGACCAGCGCCAAGAACAGCUCCGUAUAGAGCGCACCAUCAGCGACCAAAACGAAGAAACGCUGCCGAUAUGGCGCAACGAAGCUGACCGUGAAAUGGCUCCGGGUGAUCUGGCCGAGGUCCCUGCUCUCAUAAACCAGGAGCCUCUUCGCCCGUAUGAGCACUUACAGUAG